UUUUUAGAUAUAAAUUAAAUCUAAAGUAUAAAAGCUUUGUAAUUAAAACUUUAUAUGUUCAAUAAGUCCGCUAUUGACAAUAUAUCCCGAAAAUUUUCUUGAUCUAGCAUAAUCCAAACCCAUGUUAUGAGGGUUCAAAAAAACGACGAAGCGCUUCGGGAAAAGGUAGGUGCCCUGCGCUUCGCUUGGCUCGUCUUGGCGAUACUUGAUACCGAAUGACUAAAAAAUAAACUGUUUAACGCUACGCCUGAAAGGGAUUUCUUGAAAUAUUUACUAGAAAAUUUCAAAUGAUUUUAGUUCAUUAGGUAGGUACCUUCUGUAAAUUGUUGUAGGUUUUCUUCAUAUAGGUACUUAGAAUUUUACGCUUAAUUAACUUUUCGCACUAGUCUGGUCACAACUUCCUCUGGCUAAGUUAAUGAAGAAGGCGGUAUGUUCCUUAGAAACACUUUUUGAAACCUAAGCGAGUUAAAUACCUAUAAUUGCAUAAUGCGCAAGGGAAAUAGGUAUGUUAAAUAGGUAAGUAAUUAUGUACUUGGUAUUCUUACUUGAAAAAUAAUAGGUAUUCUAGUGACACUAGGUCGCUGACAAUACAUAACCAUUAUAACUAUGACCUUAGCAAUAUGAGAAUUAGAAUGGGGUAAAUUACCUACAUUUUUAUGGCACCUAAACUAAGCAGUUACCUAACUUUUUAAUUUAAUGUAAAAUAGAAGUUGCACUUUAUACAUAGGUCCAUAUAUUUUAUGGUAUGGUAACAGCGUUAACCUGUUUAAUGGUACAAGUAUUAUCAAAGGGUUGUUUCAAAACGUUUUGCUAUUUGGUUACGAGAAUUAAAAAAGGCAAUAUGUAAUUGUAACCGUAAUACAUUUAUAACCGUCUAUGCAAGCAAACCCAGAAGAUGAUAGACAAAACCUGCCUAACAUCGAUAGAUACCCGUAUGCCGAAAAAGUAAAGAAAAAUGUUAGGCAAUUUAGAAAGCACCAUAAAGGCAAACUCGAUAGGAAUGUAGUGAACGCAAAAAUAUGAUGUCACAGGAAAAAGAAACAAAUCUGGUAUUUAAGUAAAUUAAUAUUAUCAAAAAAUAUCAUAGCGUUCCAGGUAAUCUGCCUUAUUAAAUGAAGUUCAAUGAAUGAAGAAACAAUUUUUGAACCUUUAACGCGAAUGGGUCAUAUUUUACUUAUACUUUUGAUUAUUAACAAGUGAAACCCUUAAUUCAUUGGAGUCAGCACAAAAAUUGCGGAAUGGAAAGGCCAAGUUGGUUGUACACCAUUUAUAAUCUGUAGUAGUUUCCGGCCGGCGUUUGACAUAUUGUCUCAAUUGUCUGACAUCUGACAGAUGACGCCGAUUUUAACUCUAAAGUUUGGUCGGAGAUUUAAUUAAUUUACAAACAAAUAUUAAUUCUUAAUACUGCACAUAAUUACGACGAAUACACUUAAAUACUAAGGCUGUUUAUAUACAUUAGACUAUAUUAGAGUAAUUCUACAAGACUGUAUUAGUCUAUAAGAAAAUGAAAAUUGCAGUUGAAGGAUGCGCUCAUGGUGAGCUUGAUAAAAUAUACGAAUGUAUAGAAACCAUACAAGCAAGAGAAGGGUUUAAAGUUGACUUGUUAAUAUGCUGUGGAGACUUCCAAUCGGUUCGUAAUCAUGAAGACCUAAAGGCUAUGGCCGUACCGGACAAGUACCAACACAUGUGUUCAUUUUACAAGUAUUAUAGUGGCGAAAGAAAAGCCCCCAUACUGACAAUAUUUAUAGGAGGUAAUCAUGAAGCAUCUAAUUAUUUACAAGAGCUUCCCUAUGGAGGUUGGGUGGCACCCAAUAUUUAUUAUUUAGGUAGAGCUGGUGUUGUCAAGUUUGGCAAUCUGAGAAUUGGAGGCCUGUCAGGAAUUUAUAAAGGUCAAGAUUAUCUGCAAGGCCACUGGGAAUGUCUUCCUUAUUCACAAUGUUCAAUGAGGACAGUGUAUCACAUCAGAUCUAUUGAUGUUUUUAGAUUAAGUCAACUGAAAGAUAAAGUUCAUGUUAUGCUGUCCCAUGACUGGCCAAGAGGUAUCACUGAUUAUGGUGAUACAAACCUUUUGUUGAAGUAUAAACCAUUUUUAAGGGAAGAUAUAGAAUCUAACCAGUUAGGCAGUGUACCAGCAAUGAAACUACUUCACACUCUGAAGCCAGACUAUUGGUUUGCAGCACAUCUGCAUUGCCAAUACGCAGCUCUUAUUGGACAUGACAAUGGAGAGACAAAGUUUUUGGCAUUGGACAAAUGUUUACCUAAGCGGAAACAUUUACAAAUUCUGAAUAUCUCCUCCGAAUUUGAUGGCGAUAUGUGCUUGAAGUAUGAUGAAGAAUGGCUGGCUAUACUGAAAAAUACCAACCAUUUGUUAACUGUGAAAAAUGUUAACAUACAUUUACCUGGCCCUGGUGGAAAUGAGAGGUAUGAUUUUACACCAACAGAGCAUGAGAAGGCAAAAAUAGUUGAAGUACUUGGAAGUGUCAUAAUUAGAGGAGAUAGUUUUGUAAGAACAGCUGCUAUUCAUGAUCCCAACAUGCAAAAGGUUGCACCAACAGUGCCAAUACUAAAUCCACAAACAGUAAGUUUGUGUGAGAAAUUGGGUAUUGAUGAUCCAGUGCAAGUACUUAUGGCCAGAUCAGGCCGCAUAAUGAAAGAACCAUGUGAUAAUGGUUCAAUCUGGGAAGAGCCCACACCGGCUCAAGUUGUGCAAACACCCCAGAAACCACUGAAAAUGUCAUUACAACUCCCAGAGCCAGUUACACCUAGUGCAAGUGAAGUUGCUCCAAAAAUUUUUUCACCAGGGACUACACCUGUGUCAGACAGUUUAGAAAGUACCUUCGAAUGUAAAACACCAAUGUCUGGUGGUCCAAAGAAAACUUUCAAAAGACGCAAUUUAUCAAUAUAUAAUACUCCAGAAUGUGAUGAAAGUAACAGCACUGAAACUAGUUCAUUAUUAGAUUCUGAUAGUCCAAAAUGUAGUAAAUUGCUUUUCAGAAAGUCUUAUGAAUAAUAUUAAAUUUCUAUUUUGCUAUAUUGAUAAGCAGAAUUUUAUAACUCAAAAAUGUAAAUGAAAUUUAAAUGUAGAAUAAUGUGCACAGUUUGGUGUCAUAGAUUUGGAAAUUAUGAGAAAUUUUAUGCUCUAAUGAAUAGAAACAAUUUCUAAUGCACUAAGCUAAGCAACUGUAGAAGUUAGAAUAUUACUCAGAUGUAGGUAAUAAAUAGACUGUAGAAUUAUUGAAAGUAACCGAAAUUGCUUUAAAUAAUGGUAAUAUUGGGAGUGCAAUGUUAGGUAAAUCUAUAAGAGUAAGAUGUUGAGAAAAAACCAUUUGCAAUUUGAAAUUGUUCAAUCUACAUCCUUUUACCUAAGGUCUCAUAACAAAUUACAUUGCUCAACAGAUCAGUGUAGGGGUAGUAAUAAAAUACUUACCUCAAGAAACUUAAAAAAUAAAAUGCGUAAUAUAUUUUUUUAGCUAUGAAUUGUUAUAUCCUGAUUAAUCUCCAGUUCUAAAUUUAAUUUAACCAUUGUUACAACUGAAAUUUUAAUCAUAUGUUUCUCUACCGGUAUAGGACUAUUCCAGUAAUUUUUGCAAGUAUUAAUUGCAGAUUAUACCUUUGAAUGACAUGGGUAUGUGUGAUUGAAUGACCUUUAUUUAGUCUUCUAUUCAUACCCAAAUAUGUUUAUUUUUUAUAUGAAAGAAGAGUGAUGUGUAAUAAAAAACAA